ACAAAAGUCACCGUCCUUCUCUUUCCUCUCUCUCUCUUCCACUUUGAUUGAUCAAUCAUUCUCCUUCAUCUCUACUUCUCUCUGCAUUUCUCAUUUCCUUUUUCAAGCAAACAUUACCUAGAAUUCGUUAAGCUUUCUACUUACAUUUUCCUGGAAAAUUCAAUCCUUUUCCGGAGUAUAACUUCAUAAUCGUCAUUUACUUGGGCUGAAAAAGAAAUCACACAGAAAAGAAAAGAAAAAAGUUUCAAAAAUCUCAAUUUUCCAGGAAAAUCUCAGUUUUCCCGGAAAAAAGUUUCCAUGUUCAAAGCAGCUUUUUGACUUUCUAACUGAUUAAGAAGCUCAUUUAGUUAACUGGGUUUCCUUGAGAUGGAGAAGCAAACCCUAAAGUACUUACCUUUGGGUCAGAGCGAUCCCUUUGGCAAUGGCAACGAAGGAACCAUCGGCGAUCUACUCGGCAGAUUCUGCAACCCUCCUCAAGAGAUCAUCUCUCCACCGCAAUCCUUCGGGUUCCCGCCUUUUCCGGGUCAAUUCGGAUCCGAUCGUGAUAGCAACAACAAGAGCUCGCUGUUGGAUCCAGAUUUAUCAGAUCGAGUUCAGACAACAACGAAACCAAACUCCUCCAGGAAGAGAAAAGCGUCGGUCCCUGUCGGAAACGGCAAGGAGUCUCCAGCUUCGUCGUCUCUGACAGCUGGAUCGAAAGAUGGGAAGAGAAGCAAGCAUGAUGAAGCUGGGAGCAGCGGUAAGAAGGUGAUAGAGAAGAGUGAAGGAGAGAAUAAGGAGGCGCCUAAAGAUUACAUUCAUGUUAGAGCCAGAAGGGGUCAGGCUACUGAUAGUCAUAGUCUCGCUGAAAGAGCGAGAAGAGAAAAGAUUAGCGAGAGGAUGACAAUGCUUCAGGAUCUUGUUCCUGGUUGUAACCGGAUUACAGGGAAAGCAGUUAUGCUUGAUGAGAUUAUAAACUAUGUGCAGUCCUUGCAGAGACAAGUUGAGUUCUUGUCUAUGAAGCUGGCUACUGUAAAUCCAAGGAUGGAGUUUAAUGCUAAUGCUGCUUUAUCCACAGAGAUGAUUCAACAGGGGGAGUCAUUAACGCAGUCUCUUUACGCAAUGGCUUGCGCAGAGCAAAGACUUCCUCCAUCAGGAUACUAUUCUCUUGCCAAGAACAUGCCUAGAUUCUCAGACACUCACUUUCCUUCGAGCGACCACGGAUUUGUUCAAGCUGAGACACCGGGGUUCUGGGAAAAUGAUCUGCAAAGCAUUGUUCAGAUGGGGUUUGGAGAUAUCCAGCAACAACAGAGCAGCAACAACUGCUCUGAGCCAACACUACUGAUGAAGCUUGAGCCAUGAUUAAGAAGGUGUUUGUUAUUGUAUCUCUCUGUACAUACAGAAACCAAGUAGUGAUAGGUACGGAAUGAGACAUGUGGGAACUAAUGUUUACUAUCGUAUCUUUUUUGCUUGUGCUUCUGUUGAUUUCUUCUCAACCCCCAAAACAACACAAAAAAAAGUCUUCAUAUCAUGUAAAAAAUGACAAGAAUCUUUUAUGGACAAUUUAUGUAUUAUUUCACAGUUGCUAUGUAUUGUUAUUACUCAACUUGUAAGAGGGAAUAAGUUUUUCACCUAUUACAU